AUGCCUAUUACUUAUAAUCGUGGUAAUGUAAGGAAGAUCGCGUUUCGAACAAGAGGAAGAUCAGCACAGUCUCUUGAUGCUGGUGGACCUCGCGUCGAUCCUGGUGGUGGUGGAGACGGUCGCUUAUUCCUUCAAAUUAGACCUGCACUACCAGAUCCACGAGCAGCAUUCGCUCAGAGAUCUCAUACAACGCUAUCCGGAAAUGAUUUCGUGCAAAAAGAAGAUAGCAAAGAUGAAGCCAUUAAUCUGCAAGCUGUGGGAGAAGGAAAAGUUCAACUUUCUAGAACACCACAGGAAAAAGAUCGGUUACCUGAUAGAAUCAGUCUUGACAGGAGAGGCCUUUCAUCAAUACCUCAUAUAGUCGGGGAGCCCGGUUUACGACUUCUGUCAUUGCAACACAAUCUAAUAAAUAGUUUGUCAGGAUUGUCUCCACUAGAUUUAGGAAAACUCGUGUUUCUCGACGUAUAUGACAAUCAAAUUGACAAAAUAACUUCUUUGGAAAGAUUAUUUGGAUUACGAGUACUUUUGAUGGGAAAAAAUAGGAUAAAAAGGAUUGAAGGCCUCAACAAUCUGAUAAAAUUAGAAGUUUUAGAUUUACAUGGAAAUAGGAUAGGAAAAGUUUGCGGUUUAUCUAACUUAAGUGAACUGAAAGUGCUCAAUUUAGCUGGUAAUCAGAUCAAAUGUGUCGGACAGACGGAUCUCCAGGGUCUUGUAUCACUAAGAGAACUGAAUUUUAAACGAAAUCGCUUGCGAAAGCUUCUAGGAUUUCAAAAUACGCCAAAAUUACAAAAAUUGUAUCUUGGUAACAACGAUUUACAAAGUGUAGAGGAUAUGUCGUCGCUUUCUGAGGCAGUUUCUCUAAUCGAUGUGUCUUUGGAUGGGAAUCCUGUGGCUUUAGGUGGAGAUUGUGUACCGUUCCUUGUCUCAUACCUUCCUAAUUUACUAACAUUGAGCAACAUGCACGUUACUGAACAGGUACGAAGAGCUGCAAUGGCAUGGCGAAAUAAUAAAGAGGCCGCACAUGCUGCUUACUGCGCACUCGGUGGAGCCGCCCAACAAGAAGCCAGGCGAGAUCAAAUCAUUAAUAACGCACGCACCAAUUGGGAAUUACUGAGGUCCGAAAAUAAAUGCUUUAUACCUUCAACAAGUCCAACAAAGAAUGUGGAUAUCGAUAAAGAAUUUUCAAUUGACGCAACUGCAGUAAUAACACCACCCGGUGGUAUUGAAACAUCAGCUGAAGCAGCUGCACUUCCUGAUGUCGUUGUGUCUCUACAACAAGCUGAAACCGAAGACUCCGACUGUAAAAACACUAGUAGCGAUGCCAAUGCUAAGGCGAGUACCGACAUUGCACCUAAAGCAUCACCAAUGAGAAAGUUGCAAAGAAGUUCAACCGCUAGAAAACCAUCUGAAAGAAGAGUUAACUUCUCUGAUAGAAGUGCUUCCCAAGAUACAGACGCUUCUCACUCUACAUCGACCAGUAGUGAUUUAAGACUACCUCCUAUACUCUUACCAAUUAUAUCUUCUUUGGAAAAUGUAAAACUAGCAGACAGUUCUGAACCGAUUUUGAAACGUUGGGAAAGUAUUUCGAGUGUUGAACCAGUCGUUGAUUCUUCGUUCAGUUCACUUCCUACGUCGAGCAGUGACAGUGAAGAGGAGACGAAGAAAAGACCGAUUCGUCGAAUGGCAACAGCUUUAAGACGACGAGAAAACUUCAGUACAAUGAGGUCAAAAUCUGUUUGUGACCCCGAGAGUCGUAGGUCUAAAUCAAAAAAUUCUGAUAUCAGUGAAAAUGCGAGCAAUAUAUCAAGUAGCACGAACGUUGGUUCCGUUGCCAAUUCCUCGACUUCAGGAAGUGAUCAUAACAGCAAAGUAUUGCGAAGGGAAGGAUCUCUGAACAGUAGAACAAGCAGAAACAUAAGGAGUGCAACAAUAUCACGUAGAAAUGAAAGAGCAUCAUCAGCAAACAGAGCAUCUACGGCAAGAACAAAGUCAGUGAAAAACUUGAAUUUAGCUAACUUCAAAUCCUCAGAACCUGUGCCGAAAUCAUUGCCUGCAUCCAAAGAUAGAGAACAAGGAGUUGAUUACUUAGUAGAAGUUUGUGACGGAGUGGUGAGUGCAUGGGGUGCUGGGGCUGUAAGGCGUUUGGCUCGUGAUUGGGAUUGGGAACGUGCCCGUACCGUCACUCGGGCUGCUUACCAUUACGUGCAUUACAAUGCAGUGGCACAAUCAUUGCCAGAGUUAAAAUCCAAGUUUCCAAAUGUUAGUCACAUCUCAGUUCGUGCGACAGGGCUCCAAUGGCUUGGACAAUUACACGCUUUAGCGGAACUUCGAGGUGUUACUGGGCUUACAGUAUUACCGGAGGGAAACCCGAUUUAUGCAAAAAUAUGGAGAGAAUAUGCUAUUUAUAGACUUGCUCAUUGGGGACUAAAGGAGAUAAAUGAUGAACCUGUAACUGACGAAGAAAUAAAGACGGCCAAUAGGACAUACGCAGGUCUCAGUGACAUAGUCCUCAGGGCUAUCCCUGAUGCUCCUUUACAACCAUUGUUAUCGAGACUAGGACGAAGUGGCAACAGUGCUGUAAGUGCCAAAGCUUGGUUAAGAGCAGCUGAUCCUGCACUAAGAGACGUUAUUGCAAAAGAAGCCUUGCAGUACAAAAAAGGAAAUGUUUCACAGGAGGAUAUGAGCUGGCGUGUUCGGGGACGUGGACAACUAUCGCAUGCAAUCGAUUUAGCUUGUGGUGCUGCGCAAAGGCUGAAAGCUCUCGAAGUUCAAUGGCCGACGAUAUUAGUUGAAAUGAUUGAAGACAUUCUGAGAGACUUUGCAGAUAUGGAAACACACGUAAAAGAACAAAUGAAAAUGUUAAUGGACACCAUGUGA